CCACCCGCCUUCCACCCCUCCCGCCCCGCCGCCACCUGCAGCUCCGGCUUCCUCCGCCCGGCGCACCUCUUGCCUCACCUGGCGAGGCCACGUCAGGGGCUCGGGUCCCGCUCCCGCCGCGGCCAGACGCUCGGAUCCCUCCCCGCCAUGAUCUCUGCCCGGGGCGGGGGCUCCAUGCCUCCGCCGCCCAACGCCACCGCCUACUACCCCCCGCCCCGCGUGAAUCUCCCCUCCGGCGUGGAAAUCCUGCGCACGUACUCGGGGGCCUUCAUCUGCCUGGAGAUCCUUUUUGGAGCCCUUGUAUGGAUACUAGUAGCUGCCACAAAAGUUCCUUUGCCACUGCUGCAGGGCUGGGUGAUGUUUGUAUCUGUGACAGCCUGUUUCACCUCCAUCUCCUUCCUUUCGGUCUUUCUCUUCAGUUACCGAGAGAGAAUUGCCAUCGAUUGGAACCGUUUGGAUUUCCUUUACCACGCAGCCGUCUUCGUCUUCUAUUUUGGGACCUUCUUACUGCAAACCGCAACAACGUCUUUGCACAGUCACCCCCUUAAGGUCACCAAUCUUGCCUCCAACAUCACCAUCUCUGGAGCACUUCUAAAUGACCAUGAAUAUAAUUUGAGCAUAGCAGCUGCAAUUUUUUCCUUUGUAACUACAGUGUGUUACGGAUGCAGCGCCACCCUUGCCUUAAGAAGAUGGAAACUAUAGCAUCAGAAAGAGGCCGACAGCUCCACUACAUCCUAGCUGAUUUUGGUACCUGUUCAAACAUCAGAGUACAACUUCUCCAUCAAAUAGGAGUGGCAUUCAAAAGGUGGUUUUGGAACACAUCCCUAGUUUCCGAAAGCACUGAGGCAUACGCACCCAACCCAUGCCAUAAUUAUAUUGUCUCAGGGGUGGUGGUGGGGAGAUCUGUGUUUAUAUUGAGGUUGUGUCAAAGCUGCCAUCUCAGUUCAGCAGCACCCUUCCCAUGUCCCAAAAGUGAAAGCAGUGUCUAGAACAUCUUUAGAACGUCUUGGGAGCAGGAGGGACCAUUUCUGGAUUCCAGAAGAUUCUUGGCUUGACAAGAAGUAAAAGCAGCAAUAGUGUCCUUUGCGUACACAUCCUUUCUUCAGUGAAAAUAAGAUACAAAUUUCUGUAAAAAAACACCCAACAACACUCAUUGUCAUUUUCAGAUGAAAUCUUUUAUUUUCUUCCCCACACGGUACUUCUGAAAUAACCCUCUACCAACAGCAUUGUGGGGUGACCAGGGUCCCAGUGUAUCAACCACUGCUCCGCAAUCCCCUUGUCAGAAUUUUCUCAGUGUCCCACAUUUUUUUCAUUCCAUUUUUCCCCGUGUUCCUUACCUGUUGUAAUAUCUUAAGGAUGUCAGCUGUGCAUGAAAAUUACUAUGUUGACACUCUCAGCUCAGCUUAAGUUUUUACUUCAGUUUUCGGUUGCAAAGUUGAUCUUUCCAAGAACAUUGUGUUCUAUAACUUACAGCCCUACUCAACCCACAGUAUUAUAAUACUGCCAUUAGCAGACAAUUGAAAGUUGGUGCUUGGAUGCUUAUAGGAGAAAUAAAAGCUCUUAGCAAACGCGUAAUAUAUCGCAUACAUGCAAUCGAGAGAGACAGCUGUAGGCAUAAUUAAUAUUGCAGUGCUUCUGGCUAAAACUCACUUUACUGUCCACCAUGCCCAAUUGUCAUUAAUUUUGGCAGGAUUGAUGCGGGUUGCCAAAUUUCAGGAUUUAUUCAUCCAUUCUUAGAACCAAAAGAUGGAGAGUCUGGUUCGCAGAGUCAUUUACUAGCUUCAGGUUGCAACUUUUGAGUCUUAGCCAGGCAAUUGUAUAAUAGUAUUAUUUUAAAGUGCAAGGAAUAUAUUCACUUUUCACUCUUAAAUAGGAAAAUAUGCAUGAGAUUUUUUUUUAAUUCCCAAAUGUCCUAAUUCAGGGAAGUAAAAUAGAAUGUUUUUCCUUGGUUUUCCAUUUUUCUUCAUCGUUUUGGCUUUGCCCCUUCCCCUUGCAAGUAUGUCUCUCCCCUCUGCCUAUCAUACUUUUAUCUUUCAAGAAUUGCAGCCCUGUGAAUUGAUGUUGGGGGUUUACCAGAGUUCUGGUACUCCAAAAUGGGUUUCCUGCCUCGGUUAUAGAACCUUAGUAGCAUCUGGCGAUGGAUUCAUGCUCCUGUUAGUUUAAUGCUGAUGCUCAUACAAGCUGGGCCACCCAGGGGUCCUAAAUGACUAACAAAAAUGGAACUUUUUAGAAGUAUUGUGUCUCCAUUUUGAAAGCGUAAUUCAUAGCAGGAGAAAAUAUUUCAUUCACUUUGUUUAUGUUUGACCUAACCAGAAUCUAGUUUAACCAUUGCUAGAAAAAGAUGUUUUCAGAAAAGAUUGUUGUGGCUUAAAAAAAGUCUGUUAGCGAAAGCAUGUCCCUUAGCGAAAUAACAAACUAAUGUCAUAAUUCAUUUUUCUGUUGGUGCAGUAAACCUGAGAAAGGUUAAGGUAUUGUGCUUAUUCAAGGGAAACAAGUCUUAUUCAGAAGCAGUUUUUAUCUUAAAAUUUGCUAGUGUGGCAAGUUCAGAAAAUAGAUGGACUGCCCAUCCUGUAUGUACUUCACUGAUACAGGUUUUGCUUGUAUGAAUAUUAAGAAUCUAAAGUCCCUUUUUAUAUCUGGCAAGAGAAAGCCCUUCCUUCCUUCCUUCCUUCCUUCCUUCCUUCCUUCCUCCCUCCCUCCCUCCCUCCCUCCCUCCCUCCCCCCCAAAGUCUUUUACUCUAAACUCACAUUUCCUAAUUUAUCUUAUAGACUCUUUUAUCUGUCAGCUUUAGAUAUAGAAGCCAAAGGCACCUUGUUUUUAUUUUAGCAAACUACUAAUAUCACAGAAUGCCUCUAAUGCAUUUGUGUUCCACUUAUGAAAACAUUUAUGCUUAAUUGUUCCGGAAAUUUCUUGGCUUCCUCUGAACCUCUAUAAAAUAGUGCUUUCACUAUUUUAUAUUUGAGGUUAUAUGUUCUGUUUCAUUUUUCAGAAUGCAAAUUCCGGGGAAAGUUUGUAUAAUUAGAUCAUGGUUUGAUACCUGCAAUAUGAUGCCUUAUUUUGUGGUGUGUUACUGUAAGUUGCUAUCGGGGGCAGAAACCUUCCAAAACCUGAACUAGGAAAGAGCACUUAAUGGCAGAUCAGAUUAUUUAAUAGGAUGUAUAUUGCUUACAGUUAUGGAAGAUUGGUCCAACAUGGCUUUAUGUGCUGUUCUUCCUAUUGCAAAUAUAUGACUGAUAUUAAAGGUGAAAUACAUUUGGCAGUUGAAA